AAACGGAAACCUACAUAAAAAAGAAGAGAAAAUUGGAUCAAGACAAAAAUAAAAUAAAUACUGUAAAUAACGACAAGAAAAACUGGUACUUAUCUUUAGACCAACAAGAGUUAGUCAAACAAGGAAAAGCAAAUUUGAAAUCCAAAUCACCAUUUUCGGCGCCAAUUUCGCGAAAACCUACAAAAGACAAACAGGAAGCCAAAUUGAAAAGUAAUCCAAGAAAUGAAACUGGUACUCUACCGUUAGACCAGUUGAAUUCAAAAUCCCCAUUCCCGACAUCAAUUUCACGAAAACCUACAAGAAUUAGUCAAAUAAGAAUAAACCAAAUUGAAAACAAUUCAGAAAAAAAAAAUCAAACUCGUAUUUAUCGGUGCGUUCCUGGAAAGUUCGAAUCACUAUUUUUGAAAGUCCAAAUUCCUAUUCCCG